CAGUAAAGUUGUGAGGGGGACCUUGACUGAGGGGCCAGAGCUCAGCUUCGCAGGGCCUGGGUGAUGUAGGAAUGAGAGUCAAUAGAUUAGGAAGCUCUAGAAGCUGUCGCUUCCCACACUGUCCUUAGCAAGCCUUAGUGACAAAACUGCCACAUCCAAGCUCUCUCUUUUUGUAGUGUUCCGUAAGUGUCUGGUACUGCAGAAACUUCGGUGACUGUGUCAACAUGGCGGAAGGCAGUGGGCAAGAAAAGACACGGUGGACUGCAACCAUAAUUGUGAGCUCAUCUCUUCAGGGUCAUGAAAUUUCAAUGUCCCUACAAAAUCAGCAACACCGGGUUCGAUAUUCAGAUACAGUGGAAAAUGGAUCGAUAAUUUUCUCUCUUUCUGGGGUUGCAUUUUUGCUGGUUGAUGCUCAAGGCUUAUUUUUCACAGAGAGAGAGGUUUUAUUUGAAAGAAUAAAGAAGUUCAUGACCAUUCACAGGAAUGGUUUUUUGCUUUUGUCAGCCGCUCGUCAUGGACCAAAAGAAUGGGAUGGGAUGUUCAGAGUUCAACAGAGGUUCCUAGGCAGCAAUUUACGAAUAAUCCCAGUCCACAAUACCACUGAAGCUAUUAAACUCAUGCUAACUAUAGCAAAAACUACUUCAAAACCGCAUCUGGACAACAUUCGCUACAGAAUGCUAAUGGCAAAGACACAGAUUGUAGAACAAAGCUGUGUUUGGAAAAUGCUUCAUAAAAGUCAACUGGCUUGUAGUUUAGUAAACACCACUUAAUAUUUUAUUCAAAAAAGGUUUGGCCAUGUUUAUUUGCAAAAUAGUCUCAAUUUUGUGUUUUUAAAAAAUGUAUCCACAAAGCAAUAAGCAUGUCACUUUGGAAAGUGUAUUGGAUGUUACAUUCAGAAUUAAAAUCAGUGUGUGAUUUCUUAGUUUAAUUUCCUGUAUAACCAUCCAAGACAUAUUACUGUUCACUUGAAAUGGAUAGCCAGAUGUAAAAUACUGAGUAAGAAUGGUCAUUAUUCAAGAGUAACACCUUUUAAAAAUGUACAUAACUUUGCAAAUAAAUGGCAUAAUUGUAGCCUACCCAAUUUA